CCCAUCCACCACCGAAAAACACUUAUACAUUCAACGCGCAUCAGUACCGACACACGAGUCCCUUCACGCACACCACGAAACCACCACGAACCAUGGCCGACGUAGAAAUGACCGACGCAGCCCCCAAGAAGGCUAAAGCCGGUCCCAGCGGCGGCGACACAGCAGACGGAAAGAAGAAGUUUGAGGUCAAGAAGUGGAAUGCAGUCGCGCUGUGGGCUUGGGACAUUGUAGUCGACAACUGCGCCAUUUGCCGCAAUCACAUUAUGGACUUGUGUAUCGACUGCCAGGCCAAUCAAGCAAGUGCCACCAGCGAGGAGUGUACGGUCGCUUGGGGGAUUUGCAAUCACGCCUUUCACUUUCAUUGCAUUUCGAGAUGGCUCAAGACGCGUCAGGUGUGUCCGUUGGAUAACAGAGACUGGGAGUUUCAGAAAUAUGGUCGUUGAGCAGCUGGAGGGGAAGAUAUCGCGAGAGAUCCAGUUUCACCAGAGAAUGCUCAAUUGGGCGGGGACCGAAAAGAAGCGCUAUGGGCGUCACGAUGGCAUGAAAACGGAGCGCAGGCAGACACUUGGGACAUGGCAUCUCGCGGAAUAUGGGGAAUACUGAGAUAUUGGCAUGAGAGACGAUGCGAUUUUCUGCCCAGUCAGGUAGGCAUGACGAAUCACUAUGCUCUGAGUAUCAUACGUCGUAGCUAGCUAAAAGCCAGCUGAUACGACACAUUUUCAUACGAACACUUGUUCGAACGCGUCCUUGAUGUCUCCGCAGACCAGUUUAUGUCUCUCCAUGUUGCCCAUUGCCUUGUAACCUGCAGCAUUCGCCCCGACUUGGCUGACCCAGCUAGCUGAUCUUCUUCCCAUCAACUUCAAUUCCUGUCAAAUCCAGCCCUUGCAUCGCGCCUUGUGUUGUCCUAGGUGGCAGCCAAUUCUGCGGGUGUUUGUUGAAGAAAGGGUACGGUGGCACGACCACGAGGAAGGCGAGAGCGGUGCCCCCAAGGCCGACAUAGAGGGUCGCGUAGAUGUUUUGUGUGAAGAAGCCGACUAGGAAGGCAAUGGCGCCCACAAGGGAUAGAAAGCCAUAUGUGAUAUAUUCUGCUAGACGUUGGCCUUCGAAGUCGAUUUCGCCUUCGUAGAUUGUGCGUGCUUGGUCCAGUAGUGCGUCCAUGACUUUGGU